CCCACCGUGUAAACGGUGCUCUUUUGCUCGGUCUGUGACUUUGCCGCCAUGGCCUUGUGUGUCUCUGUGGCCAAUCUCAGCGGCGAAACGAUCUCCCUACAGGUGGAUCCGGAGCAUUCCGUGGCGGAGCUCAUGCGUCUCUUAGAGUUGAGGAGCGUUGCUCCGAUCUUGGGCUUAGUGACUUCAAAGGGCCUUCUGCAGCAGCAUGCCAGGUUGAAGGAUGCUCUGGGUGGGGAGUUAACAGCCACAAUGGUUCAUGGACGACGGGAUCAAUGCUACAAGCAGAGGCACUGCGUGGCGCUGCGCCUUGGCGGUGCCGUGGCCGUCGUCGGCCGCAAAGGCCGCGGGGCGCUGCGGGAGCGGCUGUCAGAGGUCGUCCACUUACAAGCGACCAGAGAAGCCUUUGCAGCCAUAAGAACCAACGGCGAAGUGAUGGCCUGGGGCUCCCCGGACGCCGGUGGCGAUUGCUCCGCCGUGGCCGCGCAGCUGGUGGAGGUCUGCGCCCUGCACAGCACGGAUGGGGCCUUUGCCGCGCUGACGCGGUGGGGUAAGCUACUGACGUGGGGUUGUGCAUGGCAUGGCGGCGACAGUCGGGAGGUGUCCGAGGAUUUGGAGCUGUGCUGCCAAGUGGUGGCCACGCGAGGUGCCUUUGCUGUCCGAAGGACCUCGGGUGAGGUGGUGGUUUGGGGUGAUCCCUCCACUGGUGGAGAUGUUCGGGCAACUGGAGAGCGACUGGUUCGGGUGCGAAAGCUCUUUGCGAAUGCGGGCGCGUUGGCGGCGCUCCGAGAAGAUGGCUCCAUCGUGACCUGGGGAAGCCAUGAGAAUGGCGGGGACAGCCGGCAGGUUCAGUCACAGCUUGUGGAUGUGCUAGAGAUCCAUUGUGCCCAGAAAGCCUUUGCCGCGGUCAGAAGUGAUGGCCGAAUUGUGACCUGGGGUGCACUUUCGGGUCCUGUCAAGCAAGCGCCGGAGAUUCAACUGCAAAAUAUCCGUGAGGUGGUUGGAAGCAACGCUGGCUUCGCAGCUAUUCUUCAAGAUGGCUCCAUGGUGACAUGGGGUCAACAAGAUGAGUGCGAUUGCAGUCAUUUGCUGGAAGAGCUGUCCACCUCCACGGUCCGUGAGCUCUACGCCACCAGUGGAGCCUUCUGCGUGCUCUUGGCCCACGGUGGCCUACGGUGCUUCGGCCGGAGCGACCUGGGUGGCGAAGGCGCCUUGGAGGAGGUGGUGCAGGUGGCUGCCACCUUGGGGGCCUUUGCUGCACUCAGGUCCAAUGGCUCGGUAACGGCCUGGGGCCAUCGACUGAUGGGUGGUGAGGUGCCCUCGCACCUGGAAAGGGCACUCCAGAGCGAGGUCACUCAGGUGAUCUCCUCUGAGGUGGCUUUCACGGCCGUCCGAAGUGAUGGCUCUUUGGUACGCUGGGGACAUCCUCACUACACCAGGUGCGGCGUGAUCGCCGCGUUCUGAAGCCAGUGGCCCACUGUCGACUCCGGUCUGUCCAAAAAGGGACAGACAAAAAGCGCCAAGCGCAAUCGCAAUUCCACGUGGAAAUUCGAAGCCUGCCAGAGUUUUGUGGAGAUAGAGACAGAGAAUUCUUUGUUUUAUCUUGGUGUCUGCAAGUGGAAGGAGCACGAGGUGAAAC